GGGAAAACGGUGGGUGGUCACGUGAGCGAGGCGGUAGGGGGAGGGGAAAGCUGGAAAACGGGGAGGCUCGAAGCUCCCCUGGGAGGCGGCCAUUUUCCGAAGUCAGGCUCCAUUAAAGCUCACCCGAGCUUCUGGCUUUGACCUCCUUCAACAGGAGAGUCCCAGGAUCCCCCUCCAUUAAGGCGAGAGCGAACCCGGGACCCUUUACUGAGGGAAGCCCAGCUUCUUUCCUCGGGGGCGAAGGCAUCCUCACUUAGACCUACAGCGGCGUAAGGGCUGGGGGUGCUAAUUUAGCCCCCACUGCCGCCCGGGUCAGCUCCUCCUACUACGUGAUAGGGUCUAGGGUCAGCGGCCGUAGCGAAGGAUGGACAGAACGGAGGUCUGGCCCCUUAAAGGGCACGCGUCGCGGGGCGGGGACUCCGGGCGGAAGCUGCGCAGGCGAAGGGCGGAAGUGCACUCCUGGGCACAGUAGUCAUGGCCCAAGACGGGGAAGACGUGAGGGACUACAACCUGAAUGAAGCGCAAAAGGCGAUCAAGGCCAAGUACCCUCCGGCUACCCGGAAAUACGAAUAUCUGGAUCACACAGCUGAUGUACAGUUACAUGCUUGGGGAGACACAUUGGAAGAAGCUUUUGAGCAGUGUGCAAUGGCCAUGUUUGGUUACAUGACAGACACAGGGACUGUGGAGCCGCUCCAGACAGUUGAGGUGGAAGCUGAAGGAGAUGACCUGCAGUCUCUUCUCUUUCACUUUUUGGAUGAGUGGCUUUAUAAAUUUAGUGCUGAUGAAUUCUUCAUACCUCGGGAAGUGAAAGUACUAUCUAUUGACCAAAGAAACUUCAAAUUACGCUCAAUUGGGUGGGGAGAAGAAUUUUCUUUGACCAAGCAUCCGCAGGGGACUGAAGUCAAGGCAGUAACAUACUCAGCGAUGCAAGUCUAUAAUGAGGAGAAGCCAGAAGUUUUUGUGAUUAUUGACAUUUAAAACACAACGAAAGGACUUCUAAGAAGAACUGUUGUUUCUUUUCCCUGGGGGGAAAAACACAGUGAGUGACUAAAAAAGGAGAGAAAGAAAAAGGACAGAUAUUGAUAACUAGUCUUCUUAUAAGAAGCCGAACGUUUGGGGCACAGAUGUGUUCUAUCAGCUUUCUAUUCAAAUUUGGAGAAAAAAAUUCAGGUGGCAGAGUGUUUCCUCAUUUAUGAAUUCUUGGCUAAAGUGGCAAGAAAUUUAAUCUUCUCUACUCCUGCAAUUGCUGUAGAAGCGUACUAGCCUUAUGGGCUUUUCUACAUUUUCCGUUUUUGAAAAUGGGUCAUUGAGAAGAUGGGUUUCACUCAAUUUUGCUUUUUAUCCAAUUUGUAAGAUAAUAUUAAAUUACACAUAUGAAAGAGCUAAACGAUGGGCUGCUGUGAGGUACUGUGCCUCUUGUAAUCCGUCUGGAUUCAUUUUUAAAGAAAUGGUUAUAGUUACACUAUAAAAAGAAUUUUUUCCUUGAAAAAUUCGCUGAAACAUUUUGACUCCUUCCCCUCUUCCUUUUUUAGAUUGUUUCCUUGCACGUGACUGUAAGAUAUGAUGACUUCCUAAUACUUUAAUUUUAAAAUGAACGUUGAUACAUUGUUAGAGACUGGAAGGGAAAUCUAUUUAGGUGUGUGUUUGUUUUAAUCAGCAAUGCCACCCUUCUCUGAAAAGGGUUCAGGUGACCAGGAGACCUACACUCAAAUGAUAGCCUUGUUGCUUUCCUUUUCAGUGAAACUGCUUCAGUCAUAUUUUUAAAUCGACCUUACUCUGUUGCUCCUGUUGCAGAAAAGAUUUUGAAUGAAGUAUCUCUCCUAGCGCUGAAAACUUCAGUUUGCUAUUUAUACACUUCUUUUUAAAAAUGGCCAGUGGGUACUGCUAUAACUUAUUUCCAUAUCUGCCAAGAUUUACCUGAAAGGAAGAUUGUGGCCAUGUAAAGAAGGAUACCUUUAUAGAACAGUAGCAUUGUCCACCUGUGACUUAGAAGAAAGUGGGAUUAAUGACUGGGGCCAAGAGCCCGUUGAUUGGAAAAAUUGUGAUCUACAAAAAUGAGCAUGUAGUUUUAUAUACAUAGGCUAACCAAUUCAUAUCAGCGUGGAGCAGUGCUUGACAAAAAUGAUAGUUUGUAAAUCUAAAAUGACUCAACAAUUUUCCUGGUGUAAGCUUGUAUAUCUUCAAGCAAAACUGUCAAAAAGAACUUCUUAAUCUUUUUGUAAUCUGUCAUUUUUUAAAUAAAAGAUUUCUGUUGCAUAA